AUGCAGCGCCUGGCGCUUGCAGCCUCCCCCAGCUCCUUCCUGGGCCAGGUGUGCAAGUCUCACCGCAACUAUACGGAUAUGAUACGUAUAGGUUGUACCCAUAAACUACAGAGAAAUAYAAAAACUAUGGCGCGCGGGUCGCGGCGCGCGGGCGCGGUGCUGCUCUUCCCCGGGCAGGGCAGCCAGUUCGUGGGGAUGGGCCGCGCGCUGCUGCGCUACCCGCGCGCGCGCAGCCUCUUCCGCGCGGCCGAGGCGGUGCUGGGCUACGACCUGCUGGCGCUCUGCCUGCGGGGGCCGCGCGCCGAGCUGCAGCGCACCCGCCACUGCCAGCCCGCCGUCUUCGUCGCCUCCCUGGCCGCCGUGGAGAGCCUCAGCCACCGGCAGCCUGACGUGCUCGAGAGCUGCGUGGCCGCCGCCGGCUUCAGCGUGGGCGAGUUUGCGGCGCUCGUGUUCGCCGGCGCCAUGGACUUCGCCCAAGCACUGCACGCGGUGAAGGUGCGUGCCGAGGCCAUGCAGGAGGCGGCCGACGCUGUGCCCAGCGGGAUGCUCUCCGUCAUCGGACGUGCCGCAUCCAACUACAAGGUGGCCUGUGCGGAGGCCCGGCAGCACUGCGAAGCGCUGGGCGUCUUGGACCCCGUGUGCCAGGUCUCCACUUACCUCUUCCCAGACGGCAGGGUCAUYGCCGGGCACCUGCAGGCUUUGGAGUAUUUGCAGGCGAAUGCCCGAAAGUACCAUUUUAUACGCRCACAAAUGCUCCCUGUGAGCGGCGCUUUCCAUACGAGACUGAUGGAGCCAGCUGUAGAGCCCCUGGCUGAGGUCCUGAGGGACAUGGACAUCCAGAAACCCCUCAUCUGCGUCUACUCCAACGUCAACAGCAAAAAGUACAUGCACGCGGAGCACAUUAGGAAGUUGCUGGUCAAGCAGGUGGUUUCCCCGGUCAUGUGGGAACAGACCAUGCACUCCGUGUACGAAAGGAGGCAAGGAACUGAGUUCCCUUACACGUACGAAGUGGGGCCUGGGAAGCAGCUGGGGGCCAUCCUCAAAAAAUGCAAUUUGAAGGCCUGGAGACAAUACMAACAUGUGGACGUUUUGGAAGAGGAGGGAGAAGCGGAGGAUUAAAGAACUUUUUUGAGAAGAAUCCACGCGGCCUGUUGCUUUCUCCUGCUCGGUUUAAAAUAGCGCAGAGUUGCCGAGCAGGAAGAGCUGCGCAGCGGUGGCUUCUCGCGGCGAGGCRAGCGCCGCUGCCGCGGCUGCAGGCCAUGUUUGCCUUCCCCACGUGGCCACUCACGUGGGCACCUCUGGGGCGGAACCCCAGAACAACUUGGGUUUUCCCUCUGUGUCACGACUGCAAAAUAUCAAUAAAUCAGCCAGUUAAUGCUCUGGUUGGCCUCAGUCCUGCAAGCAACUUCCCUUUUCUUUUGUUUUCUGGUAUGGAUUCAAGUUGAAGUCAGUAGGUUUUGCUGUCUGCUGUGUGGGUAUCAGUGUAGAGCUGCACUCUUUGAUUACGUUUCCGGAUUGUGGCAGGGAUUCCUUUAGCUAAGCCAUUACUUUAAGGACUUUCAGAUUAUGUUCCUAAUUCCUAAGAUGAUUGACCAGUGGGAGACUGUCACACGUGUAAAAUACUUUUGUUUUGUCCUGUCCUCAUGGUGAGCAGCUGGGUAAGGCAGAAAAUAAUACUAGAAAUACGGUUUUCUUAAACUAUUAAUAAAGAUUYUUCUUGGUAUUUUUAAUGCUGUGAGGCAUAUGAUUACAAAAUAUAGUUCACAAAGAGGAGUGAUUCUUCCUUCCAGUUAUCAAUGUCAUUCUGGUUGUGAAAAGAUACCAAAGGGAGAAGAGCUUCACUAAAUAAUUUACUAAAAUUCUCUACUCUUUAAGAGAUGUAGGACUGCACUGGAAAUCUAAGACUUUUUAAGUGGAUGCCUUUGUAUGGGAUGAACUCUGUAGUAACCAUGUGUCAGGUAAGGAGAAUUUGGAUG